CACCUUAUAUAAAUUAAGCGAUGUGAAUAAAACCUUAAUAGCGUGCUUAGUGGAAAGAACAUGGAAGUAGAACGAUCCAAUAAUUUCGUGAUUCCACAUAAUUUCAAUUUAGAUAGCCGGCCGGCCAUUAGACCAGUAGUCAACGAAAAUAUUGAUACCCCCAAAAUUCUAUUUUAAUUACAAAAGGUACCCUUUAAUCUUUCCAUUAAAAGUAUAAAACAAAAAAAUUAUUCUGUCACUCCCUUUUAGUACUAUAAUUACAAAACCGACGAUGCCGGUGAAAUGAAGGCAGUGUCGAAAAACAGAGGAAUAGUGGCAAGAAAAACAGAGGAGAGAGAAAAGUGACCAAAAUUUGAAAGAUGAACAGCUUCACUUGGUUUAAGAAUCCAAUUUGUGGAAGAAGAAUUAAAGAAUUUGAAGUUGAAAUUGAAGGGUCAAGUCAUUAUAGUCUCUCUAACGGAGUUCUUCCUUCUCUUGGAGCUCGAAGUAAUCGUGGUGUUCUUCUUCAUCGUUCCACUGUUUCGCCUUUUAAUCCCCGUUAUAGAAUAUGGGAGAUGUUUUUAGUACUUUUGGUGUUCUAUACAUCAUGGGUGUCUCCAUUCGAAUUUGGAUUCCUUGAUAAACCAAUCAAAACCCUAGCUAUACUUGAUAAUAUCGUCAAUGGAUUUUUUGCUAUUGAUAUCAUUUUGACCUUUUUCGUCGCAUAUCUUGAUCCACAAACUUAUCUCCUGGUUGAUGAACGAAAGUUGAUUGCUUGGAGAUACAUAAGAACUUGGUUUAUAUUCGAUUUCGUAUCAACAGUCCCUACUGAAGUUGUUGACAAAAUCAUCCCUGGCAGUAUCCGUGCCUACGGGUUCUUCAAUAUGUUACGUCUUUGGCGUCUACGUAGAGUCAGUAAGAUGUUCUCCAGAUUGGAGAAGGAUCGAAAUAUCAACUACUUUUGGAUUCGAUGCACUAAAUUAGUUUGUGUGACUCUUUUUUCGGUUCACUGUGCUGCCUGCUUUUACUUUUUCCUGGCAGCCCAUUAUCCUGACCCGAAAAAGACUUGGAUCGCUCUAUCAUUUCAUAACUUUAAGACUGAGAAUCUGUGGUUACUUUAUGUGACUUCAAUUUAUUGGUCGAUAACCACACUCACAACAGUGGGUUAUGGUGAUUUGCACCCUGUUAAUAUAAGGGAGAUGGUCUUCGACAUCUUCUUUAUGCUCUUCAAUCUUGGACUGACUGCAUAUUUGAUAGGAAAUAUGACAAACUUGGUGGUUCAUGGGACUAGCCGAACUCGAAACUUUAGGGACAAAAUACAAGCUGCUUCAAAUUUUUCUCAAAGGAAUAGGCUUCCUGUUCGCCUCCAAGAUCAAAUGAUAUCUCACUUGUGCCUGAAAUACAGAGCUGAUUCAGAAGGGUUGCAACAGCAAGAGGUUCUCGAAUCUCUUCCUAAGGCGAUUAAAUCAAGUGUUUCACAUUAUCUCUUCUAUUCUCUGCUUGAUAAGGUGUAUUUAUUUCGCGGAGUAUCAAAUGACCUGCUUUUUCAGCUGGUUUCGGAGAUGAAAGCUGAAUACUUCCCUCCUAAAGAAGAUGUGAUUUUACAAAAUGAAGCCCCAACGGAUCUCUAUGUGCUAGUCCACGGCACAAUGGAAUUCAUUAUGCAGAAACUUGGAGUUGAACAGGUUGUUAAGGAGGUUAAAGCUGGAGAUGUGUGUGGGGAGAUAGGUGUUCUUUGUUAUAGACCACAACUGUUUACUGUUCGCACCAAGAGAUUGUGUCAGCUGCUGCGUCUGAAUCGUACUGCCCUUCUGAAUCUUGUCCAGGCAAAUGUUGGAGAUGGAGCUAUUAUCAUGAAUAACCUCCUCGAGCAUCUAAAAGAGCAGGAGGAUCCAAUAAUGCAAGAGGUCCUCAGAGAUGUUGAGAAAAUGCUUGCUCAAGGUCAAAUGGAUUUGCCUCUUAGUUUAUGUUUUGCAGCCGCAAGAGAUGACGAACCAUUAUUGCAGCACUUGCUAAAACGAGGCUGUCAUCCGGAUGAGAGAGACAUGAAUGGCCGCACUGCCCUGCACAUUGCAGCUGCCAAUGGAAACGAAAGUAUUGCUACUAUCCUUUUUGCAUAUGGUGCAGAAACAAAUAUCAAAGAUUCGGACGGGAAUAUUCCGUUUUGGGAUGCAAUAUCAGGGAAGCAUGAGUCUAUGAUCAAGCUACUCAAAGACCGUGGUGGCAAUCUAGCUUUAGGUGACGUGUAUAGAUAUGCUUGUCAUGCGCUAGAGCAGGAUGAUCUACAGCUGCUAAAGGAUAUUGCCCGGUAUGGUGGAGAUCUAACAUUAGCUGGAAAUGAUGGAUGUACACCACUUCAUGCUGCAGUUACUAAUGGAGAUAUUAGAGCUGUAAAGUUCCUUUUGGAUCUAGGGGCAGAGAUUGACAAGGCCGACGAGGAUGGGUGGACACCCAGAAGUUUGGCAGAUUUUCAAGGGAAAGAAGAUAUAAAGGAAUUAUUUGAUUUUAAGAAAAAGGCUGGCCUCGAUUCAGCUGCUAAAUUUCCCAACAAGGGAACUGGUCCUUCUGGUAGGAUCAUCAAGUAUCCAAGUACCGGUACAAUAAAUGUUCCUCCUGGUGCAGUUCAGAUGACUCAGGUUGACAAGAACCCUAGGCGUCAGGUUGACACUUUUCAAAACUCACUCUUUGGCUUCGUCUCAGCUGCCACUAGAGGUGAAUCUGCUGAUAUCAGUGGUUUCUCUAAUAUAUUGGGAAACCAAACAUCUAGAGUAAUUCUUAGAUGCCCAGAAAAGAGCGGGACUACAAAGCUUGUUAUGUUACCUAAGACCCUGCAAGAACUGCUUGAAAUUGGAAGUAAAAAAUUUGGAUGUCAUUGUACAAAAGUAGUUACUGCAGAUGGUGCUGAAAUUGAUGAGAUUGAUCUUAUUAGAGACGGUGAUCAACUCUCACUCCUUUGCGCGUAGAGACAAUUAAAUGUCCUCCUUAGUCGGUAAGCUUUAUCUUGCCUAGAAACCAGAAUCAUCACAUAAUCCGUAAUUCUGGAAUAUAAUUGACACAUUGAAGAUUCUACUGGCAAAGCCAUUAGAAAUGAAAAGGUGCUUAAUAUGUUAACUCUGUUUUAGGAAAGGAACAGACAAAAUGUUGUGAUAAAGUUAGUAUCACUGGUCAUGAAUGACCAUGGAUGCCUUGGUGGUUCUGGUCCACCAUAUAUUCAUUCAUGUUCUUUUACAUAUACACACUUGUGUUCUUUAAUCUUUUGGUGUAUAGUGAGCAUCAUACACAUGUAUCCAUACUCUAUAAUCCAGGUUUAGAUAGAAUUUUACGACAUUGAUGACAUCAUAAUUUUUUGUAUUUUCAUUCUUGUUAUUCUCCGGAAGGGUAUUUACAUAAGUCUAUCAUCUUUGGAAGGGUAUUUACAUUAAUCCUCCAAAGACUUCAAUUCUUGUAUAAUGUAUAGUGUGAUAGUUCUGGAAAUGUAAAAUACAAGUUCAAAUAUCAACAGUAUUUCACUUGUUUGUUUGUGGUCUCCA